AUGAGUUUCAUAGAUAAGGUUGUUUUAGUGACCGGUUCCAGUUCGGGCAUCGGCGCCUCCGCCGCCAUCGAAUUCGCUAAAGAGGGGGCUCACGUCGUCAUAGUGGGGAGGAACGAGACAAAGCUAAAGGACGUACGUGAAAAAUGCGAAAAAUAUGGCAAAGAACAACUCGUGCUUAAAGCGGACGUGUCGAAGGACGUCGACGGCAAGAGAAUCGUCGAUGAGACAAUAAGGAAGUUCGGAAGGAUCGACGUUUUAGUCAACAACGCGGGGGUUACUGAAAUAGUUGAUAUUACCAGUGAAAACUUUAUGGAGGGCUACGACCGUGUCGUUAAUGUGAAUCUGCGUGGAGUGGUGUACAUAACCCAUCAAGCUAUACCGCACCUAAUCAAAUCGAAAGGGAAUAUCAUUAACAUAUCUAGCGUGGCUGCUACCAUUGCUUCCUCUGAUGUCAUCCCGUACAAUGUGUCGAAGGCGGGCCUUAACCAUUUCACCCGGUGCGCUGCGCUUAAACUAGCCGGCUGCGGUGUCCGGGUUAACACCGUCAGUCCAGGCCCGGUCAGGACAAACAUUUUUAAUCAUCCUACCAUGGGAUCUGUAACAUGGGAGCUAUACGCCGAAUUGACCCCUUUAAAACGUGUGAGUGACCCAGUGGAAAUCGCUGAAUUGAUCUUAUUCUUGGCAAGUGACAAAGCGAGAGGCAUCACAAGGUUCCGAUUUCGUAUCAGACAACGUUCGGGCAUCGGUGCCUCCACAGCCAUUGGAUUUGCUAAAGAGGGUGCUCGCGUCGUCAUAGUGGGACGGAACGAGGUAAAGCUUGAGGACGUGCGUAAAAAGUGCGAAAAGUACGGCAAAAAGCCACUUGUCCUUAAAGCAGAUGUUUCAAUAGACUCCGACGCCAAGAGAAUUGUCGAAGAGACUGUAAAAAAGUUCGGAAGGAUGGACGUUUUGAUCAACAACGCCGGUAUCCUCGAAAAAGUGGACAUUACAGGAGAAAAUUUCAUGGAAGUCUACGACCGAAUCAUAAACGUCAAUCUAAGAUCGACGGUCUUAAUAACCCACCGUGCUAUACCACAUCUCAUAAAAUCGAAAGGAAACAUAGUUAACGUAUCAAGCGUCGCUGGCCUUAGUACCAUAGGUGGCCCAGAUUACAUUGCGUAUGGUGUGUCGAAGGCUGGAAUCAACUACUUUACCCGGAGCUCUGCGCAGAAACUGAGCAGUUAUGGUAUCAGGGUCAACACAGUAAGUCCGGGGCCAGUGAAAACAGACAUUAUAAAUAACCCCUCAAUGCAGCAAACUACUUGGGAACAAAUCGCAGAAACAACAACUUUAAAACGUGUAAGCGAGCCCGAAGAGAUGGCAGAUUUAAUCAUGUACUUAGCCGGUGAUAAAGCGAAGGGAAUCACAGGUUCAAAUUUCGUAGCAGAUAAUGGAAUUCUAAUUAAGAAC